AUGGAGUCCACUUCGGAUAAGAAUGACAAGCCCCUUGCCCUUGCUUGUCUAGAAGUUGGUGAGCGCUUGCACUCUGAUAGUUCUGAACCACUGAGAAAGCUCUUAGCUUUGCUAUCCGAGGGUUUAGGAUUUUGGAGAAAGAUGGAAAUGGGUGAUGCUUACAAGGAUUUGGCAGAGUUUUAUACUUCAAUGUUGAAGUUUCAAAAGGCUUUGCCACUUGCUCUGAAGGCAUUGGAUAUUUACGAGGAAAGGUUGGGGUCUGAUUCUAUGGAGGUGAUUCAAGUUCGACGACUUCUUAGAGUUGUUUACACUGUUCUUGGGGAGAAUAAGGAAGCUUUGAAGGAAAAUGAGAUGGCAAGAAGUGUUUUGGAGGAUUUGCAUUUGAAAAAGGAAUUGUUUUAUGUGGAGAUUGAGAAGGCAAACAUGCAGAUUUCUCUUGGAAGGUUGGAAAAUGCCAAUUUUACACUUAAAGGGGUGAUUGCACAAGUAGAGAAGGAGUAUGAGAUUUGGGCAAUGGUGUUUGUUUCGAUGGCAAAAGCAUUGUUCAACCAGGACAAGUUUGGGGACACAAAGAGGUGUUUGGAGAUUUCUUGUGGGAUUCUUGAUAACAAAAAAUUUGCAUCACCUGAGAAGGUUGUGGAGGCGUAUGUAGAGACAUCGUUGUUGUAUGAGGCCAUGAAUGACUUUGAAAUUGCUAUGUCUUUGAUGAAACAGACGUUGGCAAUAAUUGAGAAGCUCCCACAACAAUUGCAUCUGGUUGGAAGUAUCUCAGCAAGGUUGGGGUGGUUGCUUCUCUUGACGAGGAGAGUCUCUAAUGAUGUUCCUUUGCUUGAGGCUGCAGUUGUGUAG